AUGGCGCUGGGCAGAUGCAUCUGGGAAGAUCAGUGGGAACCCUCCUGGUGUGACCUCAAGUUCAGUUCCACGGUCCCCUUCCUGGAUGACAAGGGCGCCUCUAUAGCAAGUGUGGGCCUGGCCCUGGCCCAGCGGGAAGGGCAGGCAGAGGAUGGCCGUCUCAGUUGGACCUUGAAGAGUGAGCCUCUGAUUCGAGACCUGGGCACCUGGCUCCUGCUCUGUACUUGUGCCUGCUGGGGGGUUUCUGUCUCUGAGGAGGCAGAAGGGCCAUGGGCUGGAACCUUCACCUGCCUGACCAACAACAUCCUCAGGAUUGAUUGCCACUGGUCUUCCCCAGACCUGGACCCUGGCUCUGGCCCCUGGCUCCUCUUCACCAGCAACCAGGCACCUGGCAGCAAGCACAAGUGCAUCUUCCAGGGCAGCACCUGCACCCUGGAGCUGCCCCCUGAGGAGGUACUCUUGCCCUCCGACAACUUCACCAUUACUUUCCACCACUGUGUCUCUGGGAAGGAGCAGGUCAACCUGGUGGACCCACAGUUCCUGCCCCGGAGACAUGUUAAGCUGGACCCUCCCUCUGACCUGCACAGCAAUGUCAGUUCUGGUUCCUGUAUCCUGACCUGGACUAUCAGUCCUGCCCUGGAGCCGAUGACCAUGCUUCUCAGCUAUGAACUGGCUCUCAAGAGGCAGGAAGAGGCCUGGGAGCAGGCCCAGCACAAGGACCGCAUUGUCGGGGUGACCUGGCUCAUUCUAGAAGCCAUCGAGUUGGACCCUGGGUCUACCUAUGAGGCCAGGCUGCGUGUGCAGAUGGCCAUGCUGGAGGACGACGUGGCUGAGGAGGAGCGUCACGAGGGCCAGUGGAGCGAGUGGAGCCGACCUGUUUGCUUCCCCUCGCCCCAGCGAGGAGGCCUUCCAGUCCCAUCCUGGGGCUGGCUGGACAGCAGGUUUAUUGCAGUGCCUGUACUUCUCCUUUUGACUGGCCUGACCUACCUCCUGUUCAAGCUGUCAACCAG